AUGCAGCCCUCCGAGAACCGGAUACUGGAUAUCCUGAGGAACUACCAAAGCGAGGCCAAACACGAUAACGGAGUACUAGUCUUCCGGCAACCAAAUAAACUGGCGGAGUACCAUUGUCCCAGGUGCAACGCCGGCUACACUUACAAGAAGACGCUGAUGACCCACAUGAAGUAUGAUUGCGGGAAGGAGCCGAGGUUCAAAUGCCCUUACUGCAACAAGAGGGACAAGUGCUCGUCGAAUAUUUACAAGCACAUCAGAGUGCGACACGAUGGAAAGCCGGUUUAUGUGGAUAGAUUGCAAUCGACUCGUCCCGCCACUUCCUUCCAUGCGCAGCCGCAGGAGUGGCACACCGCGACGGUGACCGGAUUUAUCUGCCCGAAAUGCAACGCGGGUUUUCGACGGAUGUGGGAUCUGAUUAGGCACAAGUGCGGCCAGACUCUGCGAUACGCGUGCCCCUAUUGCCACAAAAAGGACAAUUCGUCCUCGAAUGUAUGUUCUGAAUGUGUCAUCUUUCACGCGACUGAAAAUACAUUCCUGCGGAUUCCGUCUCUCCUCGUCUCGUCUCGUGUCCGGCAGAGUGCCGCUAGGAAGCGGAGAAGCGUGUACUCCGUAAACAAGAGUUACUACUGCCCGCGCUGCAACCACGGCUUCACUCUCAAGAAGAACAUGACGCGGCACCUGCGCCACGAGUGCGGCAUGGCGCCCAAGUACCAAUGCCCGUACUGCGAGAAGCCCUCCAAGUUCACGCAGAACAUUUACGCGCACAUCCGAAAGUACCACCCCGGUCAAGCCUUGUGUUUCAAGCGAUUGUAUUGAGCGGUUCAAAGAAUGCGGGCGUCGCCGCCCGAUCGUCCCAUUCUUCUUCCCGUUUGUUUUGUCUCGCAUUGUUCUCGCAUCCUCCGUUAAUGUGUUCGGAAAGUGCAAGUCUAGUCCUUGUGUGAAGGAAACUCAAUAAAGGGCCUUGAUUCGA